GAUGCGUUGACGUAAAACAAGAGGAGAGUGGCGGUAGUGAGACAUGAAUUGGAAAUAGUGAUUCCGCAUGACUAUUAACAGAAGGCGACGAGAAUAAUUUUAUUGAGAGGGGAAUAUAUCGUAUUGUAAUAAUAAAUGAUAAAUAUUCGACACCACUUCCGCUCUUCUCACUUAACACCGGAGGCGCACCGUAGCAUAGAACUCCGCGCUGAUCUAAUUUGCACAGAUCCACCUGCAUUUGCGCAAGUUAGCCCCCACCACCCCCUGAAUCACCAAAAUCACCAUAAUCAUCUUCUUCUACUUCCAGCUCUGUUAAAAAGCAGCAACUUCAACAGUAGUUGUGAUAGCUGUUGCUGUAUAAUAAUUGGGUUGGUGCUAACUUCUGCUUCUUUUUAUAAUCUAGAGUAUUUCUCUACAGUACCUAAUUUUUGCUGGUCCAGGUCCAUUUUUCUCCCUUUUCUUUAAAUUAAAGAAAUUAAACAACAAAACCCAAAAACAAAGUUUGUUUUCAUUCGCGGGGUUGGUAGUUGUGUGUCCAAUUGCGUUGAAUUUAGUUUCUUUCUCUAGCUUCAGAUCUGUUAGCGGCAGAGAGAGAGAGAGAGAGGGAGAAAUGGGGAUGUAGAAAUGGUGGUGCGUAGUAUCUUUUUGGCUUCUCUUUUAACAACACAAGUAAAGGAGACAGCGAGAGAAGGAGCGAGGAAGCUGCUUCGCUUUUUUCCUUUUUAGCUGUGAAAGCUAAUUCCGUACCUUGCUUCUUCUUCAGAAAGUGUAAAGCUGAAGCCUUUAGCAUUUUAAUUUGCCUUUCUCCUUUGCUCUGGAGUGGUGGUGGUGGAAAUAUUUCUUUGGAAGGGAAAGCAUUUAAUCAGUGGUGAAAAUGAUGACUGCUGCAUUUGGGAGUAAUUCCAUCAGUUUUCAUACAAGCAAUACUUGUAAUACUCUGCUCAAAGAACUUCAGCAAUUGUGGACUGAAAUUGGGGAGACUCAAGCUGAUAAAGACCGCAUGUUAAUGGAGCUGGAGAGAGAGUGUUUGGAGAUCUACAGAAGAAAGGUUGAUGAGGCCACAAAUGCUAAGGCAUGCCUUCAUCAAUCUAUUGCUUCCAUGGAAGCUGAGGUUGCAAUGCUUAUUGCAGCUCUUGGAGAAAUCAACAUUAAUUUGCCGUCUGACAAGAAAGCCAAGUCCUUGAAAGGGCAACUAGCCUCAGUCAGACCAUUAGUGGAAGAUCUAAAACUUAAGAAGGAGGAAAGAAUGAAGCAAUUUGCAGAUAUCAAGUCACAAAUUGAGAAGAUUACUGGCGAGAUUUCCGGUUAUGGCAGUUCCAUGAGCGUCUUGACUCUGGAAGAACAAGACUUAUCAGUGAGAAAACUCACGGAACAUCAAUCAAAACUUCGUGCUCUUAAGAAGGAGAAGUCUGAGCGCCUCCAGAAAGUCAUGGAUUAUGCGAACGAAGUGCAUACUUUGUGCGGUGUCCUUAAUAUAGAUUUUGGCCAAACUGUUAGUGAUAUCCACCCAAGCUUGCAUGAAUCAAGUAUGGGGCUUGUCACGAAUAUCAGCGACAGCACGUUGGAGGGGCUUGAUCAGGCUGUCCUUAAGUUGAAAACUGAGAAAAAGUUCCGGCUUCAAAAGUUGAAAGAUGUCACCGGGUCUCUCUUUGAACUAUGGAACUUGAUGGACACAUCUAAAGAAGAAAAGGCUAGCUUCUUGAGAAUUACUUCAGUCCUUGGUUUGUCAGAAUCAGAAAUUGUGCAACCAGGCGCUCUUUCGCCAGAGACAGUUCAGCAGGUUUCAGCAGAGGUUGAGAGGCUCACAAAACUAAAAACAAGUAGGUUGAAGGAACUUGUGCUGAAGAAGAGGUCGGAAUUGGAAGAUAUGUGCUGUAAAAUUCAUAUUCAACCAGAUCAAAGCACAGCUGCUGAGAAAACCAGUGCUUUGAUUGAUUCGGGCUUGGUGGAUCCGUGUGAGCUCUUAGCUAACAUCGAGGCACAAAUAUGUAAAGUCAAAGAUGAAGCUUUUAGCCGCAAAGAAAUAAUGGAAAGGAUAGACCGGUGGCUUGCUGCAUGUGAUGAGGAAAAGUGGCUUGAAGAUUAUAACCUCGAUCACAAUCGUUACAGUGCUGGAAGAGGUGCACAUAUAAAUCUUAAGCGUGCAGAGCGAGCCAGGAUCAUGAUAAAUAAGAUUCCAGCUAUGGUUGAUAAUCUAAUUAGCAAAACUCUUGCAUGGGAGGAGGAGAAACAGAAACUGUUUCUUUAUGAUGGAGUGCGUUUGGUGUCAAUUCUGGAGGACUACAAACAAGCCAGGCGACUCAAGGAAGAGGAGAAGAAGCGAGCUCGGGAUCAGAAGAAACUGCAAGAUAUGCUCCUUACUGAGAAAGAAUCUAUAUAUGGGUCUAAGCCAAGUCCCAGGAGAAGCAGCAGCUUCAGGAAUCAAAAUGGAUAUCGAGCAUAUGGAAAUGGAUCGGUGACACCCUCACCCCGUCGCAACUCAGUUGGCGGUGCGACUCCUGAGCUCCUCACACCACGGUCUUAUUCUGGACGCCAUAAUGGUUAUUUCAAGGAAAUGAGAAGGCUCUCUACUGCUCCUUUGAACUUUGUUGCUAUACCCAAAGAAGAUACCAUGUCUUUCUCCUCGAUUGGCGGCUCAGAGCCUGAGUCCCCUCCUCAAGUUUGAAUGCCGCUGAAAGGAUCCGAUAGAGGCUUGUGAAUAUAGGUGAUGUACACUAUGGUGACCAAGGCCAGCGUUUUAGCAGGACAAACAGCUGCCAUGCAUAUUUAACUUGCUUCUUGCUGAUUUAUUGGCGUAUGUAUGAGGUGGAGAUGCUAGUAUAGAGUUGUUUAUUCAUAGUCAAUAGCUAAUUGCAAAUAGAGUUAUCGACGUUGCUUGUAUAUAGGCUUGCUGUUGUUGCUGGGAUUUGACGUAGCUGCUUCCUUUUGUUUGUUGCCGUUUCAGAGAGAUUUUUAAGAGUAUUCGGUUCAUAAAGAUGUUUGCAUUUCAGAAAA